CUAACUUGCUAUCAUCCGUGUCACACUGACUUGUACGUUAUGUGACAUAUGGGUGACUCCCUCUUGGUGAUGUCAUCAGUGGCAUUACACACACAGUGGGCACCUCAGACUCACGGUCAAGGCUAUUCCUGGUCUGUCAACAUACUCAAAUCUAUCAUUAUGCGUGAGAUUGUUCAUCUACAGAUCGGACAGUGUGGGAAUCAGAUCGGCUCAAAGUUCUGGGAGGUGAUCAGUGAUGAACAUGGUAUUAACAGAGCAGGAGCGUAUGAGGGCGACAUGGACCUUCAGCUGGAGAGGGUCAAUGUUUACUUCAAUGAAGCACAUGAGGGCAAAUAUGUUCCAAGAGCAUUGUUAGUGGACCUGGAGCCGGGCACUAUGGACAGCGUGAGGGGCAGUCCCAUAGGAAAGCUCUUCAGACCGGAUAACUUUAUUCACGGCAAUUCUGGAGCUGGCAAUAACUGGGCCAAAGGUCACUAUACUGAGGGCGCAGAACUCGUGGAGCAGGUUGUGGAUCGCGUUCGUAAUGAAGCCGAGAGCUGCGACUGCAUGCAGGGCUUCCAGUUCGUCCACUCUCUGGGUGGUGGCACUGGUUCGGGAAUGGGCACCCUGAUUAUCAAUAAGAUCCGAGAAGAGUAUCCUGACCGCAUCAUGAAUAGUUUCAGCAUAAUGCCCUCGCCGAAGGUCUCCGAUACAGUAGUCGAGCCGUAUAACGCGACCCUAUCAAUCCACCAACUGAUUGAGAAUACAGAUGAGACAUUUUGUAUUGAUAACGAAGCGCUGUACGAUAUCUGCUUUCGCACUCUUAAGCUCAAAACGCCAACUUACGGAGAUCUCAACCACCUUGUAUCCCUCACCAUGAGUGGGGUCACGACCUCCCUUCGCUUCCCAGGUCAACUGAAUGCUGACCUUCGGAAGCUGGCCGUCAAUAUGGUGCCCUUCCCACGUCUCCAUUUCUUCAUGACUGGGUUCGCUCCUCUCACUGCACGCGGUAACCUACAAUACCGCGCCGUAACAGUGCCCGAGCUCACCCAGCAGAUGUUCGACGCCCGAAAUAUGAUGACCGCGUGCGACCCACAUCGAGGUCGCUAUCUGACAGUCGCUGGCAUCUUCCGUGGUCGCAUGUCCACUAAAGAGGUCGAUGAGCAGAUGCUCUCCGUUCAACAGAAGAACAGCAAUUACUUCGUAGACUGGAUCCCUCACAACGUCAAAGUGGCUGUUUGUGACAUCCCACCACGAGGCCUCAAAAUGUCCUCCACCUUCAUCGGAAACAACACCGCCAUCCAGGAGAUAUUCAAGCGCAUAGGAGAGCAGUUCGCGCUCAUGUUUCGACGCAAGGCCUUCCUGCAUUGGUACACGGGGGAGGGCAUGGAUGAGCUGGAGUUCUCCGAGGCCGAGAGCAACAUGAAUGAUUUGGUUUCAGAGUACCAGCAGUAUCAGGAUGCCACCGCUGAUAUGGAUGACGAUGCAGAAGAUGAAGUGACAGAAGAGGAGGGUCUGUCAUCAACAGCACCGAGCACUCAAGUGGAGAUUAAGACUGAGGCGGUCACUGAAACGUCCGUUAGUGAAUGACGGAUGGGCUUUAGCGAAUAUGACAAGAGUGGAUCUGAUUGUGUAAAGAGUCAUUCAGUGACCCCAAAAAGUAUUUAGACACUUAAGAUGCAGUUAAAAUUUAUAUAUGAAUUACAUUGCGUAAUGCUUGGCUUGAAAGGUGUGCUUUUUGAAUAAAAACUUUUUUUGUAUUUUUGAAAUUCAAUGACAAUGUGCCUUAAGUGUUGAAACACUGUUUGGAACCACUGUUCAUUGAAAUUUUUCUGUCCUCCAGGAUUAUGAAUUACACACAUUUAAUAUAUAAUUUUCUUAUCUUUGCUAUAUAUUUUCAAAAGGUUGGGUUGAUAUGUUUUUGAAAGUCUUACCAAGGCUGCAUUUAUUUAAUAAAAAUACAGUAAAGCAGUAAUAUUGUGAAUAUUAUAAAAUAUGGACAAUUUGGAAAAUCAUUUCUUAAUAAUGGCAAUGUUAAAGAAAGUUUCUCAGGAUUAUUUGAUGAAUAGAAAGGAUUCAAAAAAAUCUUUUGUAACAUUAUAAAUGUUACAUUUGAUCAAUUUAAUGCAUCCUCAUCAAGUAAAAGUAUUCAUUAUUUUAAGGACGAAUCUCACUGAACCCAGUCUUUUGAACAGUAGUGUGUAGUUUGUUGCAGAGCUUAUUUUUGUAUAACAAUAUGAAAAAAAUAAAUCUAUACUGAUGUGAGUAACAUCACUGGAGAAUACAACAAUUUCCGUAUGUUCUGUAACAAUGAAAAUCUAGAUAUCUUGAGAAAAAUAUAUAUGGAAAAACAGAUUGUCAAAACUUUUUUUCUUUUGUGUGGUGUUAUAGUGCGAUGUAGAGGCUUAAAUUCUUCUGUCAUUAUUUGUUGUCAGUAUUUUAAAAAAUGCUACAUUUUUGUUGUUUAUUAUUUUGCUUAUCCUUUAAAAGCAUGAUACAAAAUGAUUUUAUAAAUAUAAACUGCAACUGUUUCAGAAUAUGUGAUGUAUCUGCAUUGUACUUGAGUAUUUAUAAUGCUAAAAACUUUCAUGCCUUUACCAUUUCAUUGUCAUUUGUCAUUCACCCAUCAGUUUUCUUGCGAAAUGUAUUAAAAUAAAAUGUUUUGGAUAUCA